AUGAGUAGCUCCCACCCGCGGCCCGGCCACAGCCACAGCCCUAGCAGCACGGCUUCGGCUUCGUUAACGGCAGCAGCAGCGGGCGGCGGCGAGAAAGACAAGGACGCCGAGAUGCCGGCCACCGAGAAGGACCUGGCCGAGGAUGCGCCGUGGAAGAAGAUCCAACAGAACACGUUCACGCGCUGGUGCAACGAGCACCUCAAGUGCGUGAGCAAGCGCAUCGGAAACCUGCAGACGGACCUGAGCGACGGGCUGCGGCUCAUCGCGCUGCUCGAGGUGCUCAGCCAGAAGAAGAUGCACCGCAAGCACAACCAGCGGCCCACCUUCCGCCAGAUGCAGCUGGAGAACGUGUCCGUGGCGCUCGAGUUCCUCGACCGAGAGAGCAUCAAGCUCGUGUCCAUCGACAGCAAGGCCAUCGUUGAUGGCAACCUGAAGCUCAUCUUGGGUCUGAUUUGGACCCUGAUUCUGCACUACUCCAUCUCAAUGCCAAUGUGGGAUGAGGAGGAGGACGAGGAAGCCAAGAAGCAGACGCCCAAGCAGCGGCUCCUGGGCUGGAUCCAGAACAAGCUCCCUCAGCUGCCCAUCACCAACUUCAGUAGGGACUGGCAGAGUGGCCGUGCUCUUGGGGCCCUUGUGGACAGCUGUGCUCCAGGCCUGUGCCCUGACUGGGAUUCCUGGGAUGCCAGUAAACCUGUGAACAAUGCCAGAGAAGCCAUGCAGCAGGCCGAUGACUGGCUGGGCAUUCCUCAGGUGAUCACUCCCGAGGAGAUCGUGGACCCCAAUGUCGAUGAGCACUCAGUCAUGACCUACCUGUCCCAGUUCCCUAAGGCCAAGCUGAAGCCUGGGGCCCCACUGCGUCCCAAGCUCAAUCCAAAGAAAGCCAGAGCCUACGGGCCAGGAAUAGAGCCCACUGGUAAUAUGGUGAAGAAACGGGCAGAGUUUACUGUGGAGACAAUAAGUGCUGGCCAGGGGGAGGUCCUGGUGUAUGUGGAGGACCCUGCUGGGCACCGGGAAGAGGCCAAGGUCAUUGCCAACAAUGACAAGAAUCACACCUUCUCUGUCUGGUACAUCCCUGAGGUCACGGGAACACAUAAGGUCACAGUCCUCUUUGCUGGCCAGCACAUUGCUAAGAGCCCCUUUGAAGUGCAUGUGGACAAGUCCCAGGGAGACUCCAGCAAGGUCACGGCCCAAGGCCCCGGCCUGGAACCCAGUGGUAACAUUGCCAACAAGACCACCUACUUUGAGAUCUUCACUGCUGGUGCUGGUGUUGGAGAGGUGGAAGUAGUGAUCCAAGAUCCCACAGGGAAGAAGGGUACUGUAGAACAACAGCUGGAGGACAAGGGCAACAGCACGUAUCGAUGUACCUACAAGCCUACCCUGGAGGGAAUCUAUACCAUCUAUGUCACCUUUGCUGGGGUACCCAUUCCCCGGAGCCCCUAUACUGUUGCUGUUGGGCAAGCCUGUAACCCUAGUGCCUGCCGGGCCGUGGGCCGAGGUUUGCAACCCAAAGGCGUUCGAGUGAAAGAGACAGCUGACUUUAAAGUCUACACCAAGGGGGCAGGCAGUGGCGAGCUCAAGGUUGUCGUGAAGGGUCCCAAGGGAGAAGAACGGGUAAAACAGAAGGAUCUUGGAGAUGGCGUCUAUGGCUUUGAGUAUUAUCCUCCUGUCCCUGGCAACUAUACAGUCACCAUCACCUGGGGUGGUCAGAACAUCUCCCGGAGCCCCUUUGAGGUAAAGGUGGGCACGGAGUGCGGCAACCAGAAGGUUCGGGCCUGGGGCCCUGGCCUGGAAGGUGGCGUGGUCGGCAAGUCGGCUGACUUCGUGGUCGAGGCCAUCGGCGAUGACGUUGGCACCCUGGGAUUCUCAGUGGAGGGCCCCUCACAGGCAAAGAUUGAGUGUGAUGACCGGGGCGAUGGUUCCUGUGAUGUGCGCUACUGGCCACAAGAGGCCGGGGAGUACGCUGUCCAUGUGCUCUGCAACAAUGAAGACAUCAAACUCAGCCCAUUCAUGGCUGACAUCAAGGCGGCUCCCAAGGACUUUUACCCAGAAAAGGUGAAAGCUCGGGGCCCAGGACUGGAGAAGACUGGCGUGGCCAUCAAUAAGCCAGCCGAGUUCACUGUGGAUGCCAAGAACGGUGGCAAGGCCCCUCUCAAAGUCCAAGUGCAGGACAGCGAGGGCUCCCCCGUGGAUGUCACUGUGAAGGACAAUGGCAAUAACACCUUCAGCUGCUCCUAUGUCCCCAAGAAAGCAGUCAAGCACACAGCUGUCGUCUCUUGGGGAGGGGUCAAUAUCCCCAACAGCCCUUACCGGGUUAAUGUGGGAGCAGGAAGCCAUCCUAAUAAGGUAAAAGUCUAUGGGCCAGGAGUGGCCAAGACUGGUCUCAAGGCCCACGAGCCAACUUACUUCACUGUGGACUGUACUGAAGCUGGGCAGGGUGAUGUCAGCAUUGGCAUCAAGUGUGCCCCAGGAGUGGUGGGGCCAGCUGAGGCGGAUAUUGACUUUGAUAUCAUCCGGAAUGACAAUGAUACCUUUACAGUCAAGUACACCCCUCGGGGGGCAGGCAGCUAUACCAUCAUGGUCCUAUUUGCCAACCAGGCCACACCCACUAGUCCCAUCCGAAUCAAGGUCGACCCUGCCCAUGAUGCCAGCAAAGUGAAGGCUGAGGGCCCCGGGCUGAGCAGGAAUGGUGUAGAACUUGGCAAACCCACUCACUUUACCGUCAAUGCCAAGCCAGCGGGAAAAGCCAAGCUGGAUGUCCAGUUCACAGGCCCAGCCAAGGGGGAGGCUGUUCGGGAUCUUGAUGUCAUUGAUCACCAUGACAAUACCUACACCGUCAAAUAUGUCCCCUUGCAGCAGGGCAACAUGGGUGUGAAUGUCACCUAUGGAGGGGAUCAUAUCCCGAAGAGUCCCUUCUCUGUGGGUGUGGCCCAGACCCUGGACCUCAGCAAGAUCAAGGUGUCCGGCUUAGGAGACAAAGUGGAAGUUGGCAAAGACCAGGAAUUCACAGUCAAGGCCAAGGGUGCAGGAGGCCAGGGCAAAGUGGCAUCUAAGAUCACAAGCCCUUCUGGCAAGGUGGUGCCCUGCAAGGUGGAGCCAGGACUGAAUGCAGACAACAGUGUGGUCAAGUUCAUCCCCCGAGAAGAGGGCCCCUAUGAAGUGGAGGUGACCUAUGACAGCGUUCCUGUCCCCGGAAGCCCCUUCCCAGUGGAGGCCGUGCCACCUACCAACCCUACCAAGGUGAAAGCCUUUGGGCCUGGGUUGAAGGGGGGCAGUGCUGGCUCCCCAGCCCCCUUCACAAUUGACACCAAGGGAGCAGGCACAGGAGGCCUUGGCCUGACAGUAGAGGGGCCAUGUGAAGCCAAAAUAGAGUGCCUGGACAAUGGGGAUGGCACCUGUUCUGUGUCCUACCUGCCCACAGAACCCGGGGAUUACAACAUCAACAUCCUCUUUGCUGACACUCACAUCCCAGGUUCCCCCUUUAAGGCCCAUGUGGCCCCAUGUUUCGACCCUUCCAAGGUCAAGUGCUCAGGCUCUGGGCUAGAGCGGGCCACAGCAGGUGAAGCAGGUCAGUUUCACGUGGACUGCUCCAACGCUGGUAGUGCCGAGCUUACCAUCGAAAUCAGCUCUGACUCGGGCAUGCAGGCAGAGGUACACAUCCAAGACAAUGGGGAUGGCACCUACACCAUCACCUACAUCCCUCUCUACCCCGGGGUCUACACCAUCACCAUCAAGUACGGUGGCCAGAUGGUCCCCAACUUUCCCAGCAAGCUCCUGGUGGAACCAGCGGUUGACACCACUGGUGUCAAAUGCUAUGGGCCUGGUGUGGAGGGCAAAGGGGUGUUCCGAGAGGCCACCACAGAGUUCAACGUUGAUGCUCGUGCCCUCACCAAGGCUGGGGGUCCCCACAUCAAGACACGCGUUGCUAAUCCCUCAGGCAACCUGACCGAUGCUUAUAUCCAAGACAAUGGAGACGGAACCUACAAAGUUGAAUAUACACCUUAUGAGGAAGGGAUCCACUCAGUAGAUGUGACCUAUGAUGGCAGCCCUGUGCCCAGCAGCCCCUUCCGGGUGCCUGUGACUGAGGGCUGUGACCCAUCCCGAGUGCGUGUUCAUGGACCAGGCAUCCAGAGCGGUACCACCAACCAGCCCAACAAAUUCACUGUGGAGACCAGGGGUGCAGGCACGGGGGGCCUUGGUCUGGCCGUGGAAGGCCCAUCAGAGGCCAAGAUGUCCUGCAUGGACAACAAGGAUGGCAGCUGUUCUGUGGAGUAUGUGCCCUAUGAGGCAGGGACCUACAACCUCAAUGUGACCUAUGGCGGCCACCAGGUGCCAGGUAGCCCAUUCAAGGUUCCUGUGCAUGAUGUGACCGACUCAUCCAAGGUGAAGUGCUCAGGGCCUGGGCUGAGCCCUGGGGUGGUCCGUGCCAAUGUUCCUCAGUCCUUCCAGGUUGACACCAGUAAGGCAGGCGUGGCCCCACUCCAGGUCAAGGUGCAGGGGCCUAAGGGGAUAGUAGAGCCUGUGGAUGUGGUAGACAAUGCAGAUGGCACAAAGACAGUCAACUACGUGCCCAGCCGGGAGGGCCCCUACAGCAUCUCAGUGCUGUAUGGAGAUGAGGAGGUUCCUCGGAGUCCCUUCAAGGUCAAGGUUUUGCCCACCCAUGAUGCCAGCAAGGUGAAGGCCAGUGGCCCUGGGCUCAACACCACAGGUGUGCCUGCCAGCCUGCCUGUAGAAUUCACUAUUGAUGCCAAGGAUGCUGGUGAAGGCCUGCUGGCUGUCCAGAUCACGGACCCUGAAGGGAAGCCCAAGAAGACAACGAUCCAGGAUAAUCAGGAUGGCACUUACACCGUGUCCUACGUCCCUGACAUGACAGGCAGAUACACAAUUCUCAUCAAGUAUGGGGGUGAUGAGAUUCCCUUGUCCCCAUACCGUGUCCGGGCCCUGCCCAUGGGGGAUGCCAGCAAGUGCACAGUGACAGUGUCAAUCGGAGGUCACGGGCUAGGCACUGGCAUCGGCCCCACCAUCCAGAUUGGCGAGGAGACGGUGAUCACUGUGGAUGCCAAGGCUGCUGGCAAAGGCAAGGUCACAUGCACGGUGUGUACUCCCGAUGGCACAGAAGUAGACGUGGACGUAGUAGAGAACGAAGAUGGGACUUUUGACAUCUUCUACACAGCCCCCCAGCCAGGCAAAUACAUCAUCUGUGUCCGCUUUGGGGGCGAGCACAUUCCCAACAGCCCCUUCCAAGUCAUGGCCUUGGAUGGGGACCAGCCUACCACUCAGCAGAUGCGUACCCAGCAGUUGUCAGCCCCAUACUCAUAUGCACCAGGUGUCCAGCAACCUUGGGCUGCAGAACGGCCAUUGGUGGGGGUGAAUGGGCUUGAUGUUGCUGGCUUGCGGCCGUUUGAUCUGGUCAUCCCCUUUACCAUCAAGAAGGGCGAGAUCACAGGGGAGGUUCGCAUGCCAUCAGGCCAGGUGGCAAAGCCUUCCAUCACGGACAACAAGGACGGCACUGUGACUGUGCGCUACGCCCCCACCGAGGCAGGCCUCCAUGAAAUGGACAUACGCUAUGACAGCAUGCACAUCCCAGGAAGCCCAUUGCAGUUCUACGUGGACUAUGUCAACAGUGGUCAUGUCACUGCCUAUGGCCCAGGCCUGACUCAUGGACUAGUGAAUAAACCAGCCAUCUUCACUGUCAACACCAAGGAUGCAGGAGAAGGGGGAUUGUCCUUGGCCAUUGAGGGCCCUUCAAAGGCCGACAUCAGCUGUACAGACAACCAGGAUGGCACCUGCACUGUCUCAUACCUCCCAGUCCUCCCAGGGGACUACAGCAUCCUGGUGAAGUAUAACGACAAGCACAUUCCUGGCAGCCCCUUCACAGCCAAAAUCACAGGUGACGAUUCCAUGCGCAUGUCUCACCUGAAGGUGGGCUCUGCUGCUGACAUUCCCCUCAACAUCACUGAGACGGACAUCAGCCAGCUCACAGCAACUGUUGUGCCCCCAUCAGGCCGAGAGGAGCCCUGCCUGCUCAAGAGACUACGCAACGGCCAUGUUGGGAUCUCAUUUGUGCCCAAGGAGAUAGGAGAACACCUUGUGAAUGUCAAGAAGCAUGGGC